CCGCCGCAGCCGCCGAGCCCGGCCGGCGCCGCCCCCUCGGGCCCGGCCGGGAGCAUGGGGCUGAGGAUGCAGGCCGGCAGCAGGCGGAGCCAAGCUAAAAUGAAUGAAUGCUCAGCUCUUGUCAUUCCCAGAUGUGGUCCAGCAAGUCCAUUUAAAGGACACUUAAGUAAUAAAAGUAAUGCUUUCUGCAUUGGCUCCUCUCGAAAUCUAGCUAGCCAAUACCUGGUCAGAGAUCACAUGGUGGUUCAUUAUAACAGAGUUCUUUCAGCCAAAGCAGCUGUAGACUGUUCUUUGCCCAAAAGUAGGCUGGCCAGCAUCAAACUUGCUGACCAGCAAAGAAGAGAGAAACUGAAAAAGAAGAUAGCCAGGUGUAGAGACAAGUUAAGUGUGUGUGAAGCUGCCUCUCCAUCCCAUCCAAGAGACAGAGGAAGGCUGCUGCAAUCCUCUUUUAGAAAGAGUCUCUUGGAAACAGAAGAUGGUGUCUCAGCCUCUGCUGGGCAGGCACAGUACCUACCAGGAGCACCAUCUUCUUAUGGCGAGGAUUGCUUGGUUCACUCCAGUCCAGGGAAAUGCAGGAGACAUUCUCACAACACAGCCGGGGCAUCUUACUCCUGUGUCUGUGUGUCCCGGGCACCAGGCAGACGCUCUGCACUCCUCCGCAGUCACUCCAUCGAGAGUUUUGUGAGCAUUGGUUGUUCCCAGAGGUGCCAAGGAUACCACCCCCAUGCCAGAGGCGGGGACCUUCUAGAGAAGCACUCGGAAUGCUUCACUAAGAGCCACAAACCUUUCACUCCACGCACCUUAAUAUCAGAUGCUAAAUCUUCCCUGUCAGAGUACAGGUUUUACACUCCUGCUCAAAGGAGGAAGAAAAAUCGCCGCAAAAUACAGCUUGUGGAAGCUCAAACACAGACUGAUAUAAGCAGCUUUUCAUCUGCAGACCAAGUGCCUGUGAGAAAAGUUACAGGUGAAAAGCAGAAGAUCAAAUCAAAGGCUGAAGAUAUAAGAUAUACUUUGGAUGAGCCUGAGAGAGGAGUGGAUGGUUUUCAGCACUGCGACCCAAGAGAGACAUCAUGGUGUCCUCAGAAGUCUUCACCAAAGAGAACUGACGAUGCUGAAGAAGAGGAACUUUUGUAUUUAACUUUCAUUGAAGAAGUAACAAAUGAAAUUCUUAGACUUGGCAUAUUUUCUAGCAGGGUUCUGGAUCAACUGUUUGAGUGUCAUAUAGAAGAAAAUAAGAACCGCCUUGAUGAGGGCAAAAUGCGCCAGAUGUUGGUUGUGCUGAAAUCAGACCUUGGCUGCAACCAGGACAGCGACACAGAGCCAAUCCAGGCAGGUCAGGAAGCCUCGGGCCCAGUGGAGCAGCAGGAGUGUGAUACAAGAGAAGAGCUCGAGUUUAGCCUGUGUAAAGAUCACAGGCUCAGGAGAGCUACAAAAAAUGAAGAAUUCCUUGAGACCAGGGACUUGUCAUUAAAGAAACCAAACAAAUGUGGAUCACUGUCCUGGAGCAAAAGGUCAAGGGAGACACGGGGCAAGGAGGACUUCUCAGAAGAUAGCACAGAAAUGAUGGGUGCUGGGAAAGAGUCUGAUUUCCGUGGUGUGGUAUUUGAAGAACACCUGGACGCUUCACCCACCCGUGAGGCAGCUUCAAAUUUGUUUGUUUGCGACAGUGAUUUCGAAGUCAGUAAGGAACUUGAUGAACUUGAUGAAAACUUUGCAGGGGCCCUUCACAUUUCACCUAGGUAUUCAUAACUGUAACCAAAACUUACCUGUUAGACAGGGAUAGAGCUCUUUCUGUGGUGAACUGCCAUUUAUCAACCAAUAGUAAGUUGUUAGGUUUAUUUUGAGUUAUUUCUGUUUAAAUACUGCUAAGAUCUCUGUAGCAGGAUACUAUUAAUUGGACAUUAAUCUCUGUGUAAAUUAGAUCUUAAAGGAUAAAGAGUCAGUUAAGGAUCAGUUAUCAGAAGAAUUUUUUGUAUUUUGCCCAUAAUUGUAUAACUCAAACUUGAGAAUAUUAAAACUAGAUUUAUAUUUUUAGAGCUUUAAUAAUAAGUUAUGAUUUUUUUUAAUUUAAAUAAAUUAAUUGAUAGCGCAGUUGUGAUCCUGCUAUAAAGAUCUGAGAUGUUGUAGUCUGCAAGAAUUCAACAACUUAACAUAAACUUAACAUCAAAUAAUGUCCUCUUCCAGAAUGGACAAGCAGUUCCACCAUGUAGUGUACUAUGUUACCAUUUGCAGAAGCCCACCAAUGAAAAAUCAAACUAUUUCACAAGAAGAAAAUCCAAAUUUUAACAGAUCUAUGUAGAUUAAUGACUGCAGUUUUUUAUUUUCAGUUCUUUACUGAAUGUGACUGCUAUGUUCAAUUUCUUGCACUAAUGAAAGCCAUGGCAUAGCAUUCUGCAUCAGACUUUGGUUUUGGAAAAGGAUUAAAUUACUUACUGUUUGGUGACUAGGACUGUGUAGAAGAAGACACAGCAGGCACCUUGUACAGAAAAUGGAAAAGAGGUGGUGGUGGUUUAAGUUUAAAUUGAAGUUAGUACAUGCAAUGUACAAAAUCAACCCAAGUGUCAUUGUUUAAUCAGAGUACAGCUAUUGCCUGACAUUCCUGUUGCUGCAGAAUGGGCUUAACAGGUUCUGAGGAAAUGCUGACACAUGGUUACAUUGUCUUGCUGUAGAUGAGGAACUAGGAGAGGUGUUAGGAACCUGGAUAAAGCCUGUCCUCUGACAUCUCCUAGGGUCAGUUUCUAACCCUCUUCCUCCAAGGACAAGCCCAAGCUGUACCAGUUCUUACAAAACAACUGCCACCACCUGUCUCCCCUGUGCCUCGUGAGCAUCAACCAAAGUCUGUGACUGUUGGCCAGAGAACCCAUUGCAGCUUAAAAGAGCUCCAACAGACACAGACCACUGCUUCACUUACGAAGCACAAACUUUUAGACAAAAAGCAAACGUCAAAAAACAGCUAGAGGAAGGCAGUCAGAGAAAAACAUAUUUGGCACAAUCAGCACUGCCGUGCAGAAUGCAAUUCCCAAAGGAAGCAAAAGGCACUUUCCUGGGUGCCUUGUCCACAAUAAUAAAUUGCACUUGUUGACAAUGACAGGAGACCAGAGUUUAUUUUAGCCAGAUACAUGUGGCUGGGCAGAUGGGCACCAGUUGGCUGCCUUGUAAGCCUGGCCUGCAGCAUGAGUGCUCUGGCUCACUGAAAAUCAGGUGAGAUAAUGUGAGGACUUCUACAUUCUCCCAUCAGAGCCUGUCUUGUUGAAAAUAUGUGACCACCGGGCUGAGUCAGUGCAGUGCAGGGAGGGUUUGUCCUCAAUCACAAGUGAUCACAGACCUCCUCCCAUCCUCAAGGAAACUCCAUCUCUGUUCCUUACCCAAGGUAGCUGAACAGAAAGGAUGCCCUAGGAAACUUGUUUCCACUUUACGAAGAAUUCUGCCCCACAGGAACUGGUUCAAAAACUAAAGAGCAUGGUUAGAUGCCUUCAAGUAUAAAGCCUCUUUGCUCGUCAGCCAGGACUUCACCCAUUCUUCGGGCCCUCCACUCCAAGUUCUCCAUUUUUGGUCAAUAAUAGGAAUUUAGAGUUUUUUUCCCUUCCUAUCGCUAUGCUUGUGACUUGUACAUCAUAAAAAAUGUCACUUUGGCUUCUGGUCUGCAUGAGUCUGAUUAAAGAUUAGUAAGAAUUUCACAUUCAAAUUCUGUAAAUUAAAAAAUACUGUAGGAAAACACUACAGCAGUGAACCUCACAGAUAGGCACAAGUAAUGGCAUACUCAUUUCCUGUAACAUAAGUACAAGUAACAUAAAAAUAAAUAAAAAUCUUGACCAUA